AUGCACACACAAUCCUCACUACCAAACUUUCAAGUUACCUCAAAAAACGCCUUCAAUAUUGAAGGCCAACUAACUGAUCGUACCCGCGAACUCCGCAGAGAAAUCAAAGAAGUCCUUGAUAUUGAAUAUGACCAUCAUGUAAAAGAAGCAAAAAGACACCGUUCAUUAUAUUCAAAUAAAGAGCAAGCCAAGCUUAAAAGGGAGCUUGACAAGCUGCUAUCAAUAAAUAAAGAAAAGAGAAGAAAUUUGAAAAAACUUGUGAUGGAGGCUAGGCUAUAUGAUCCCUUCAUCAGUGAUGUUUCUACGUUUAAAGCUAUUAGUGGCAGUGGAUAUUUUACAGAAAGAGGCUCAGUGGCGUCAAGUGCCUUUGCGCCGUCACGAGAAGAUAUUUUAUAUUUUUUAUACAAAAUAGCCGAAUAAUUAAAGGAAAAAAUAAAUAUUUUUUUCAAAAUAUAAGAAAAUUUUCGAGAUUUUUUUGAAAUAAAAUAUGAAAUUGGUAUAGAAAAAAUUGACAGAUAUAUGAUAAAAAUUGAAGAAAAUGAACAAGAAAAAUUAAAAAUCGAAAGCGUCCUUUCCAAAGAAAAAGCAGGGAAUUUAAUAUGAAAAGAGCGGAUUCAGCAGCUCAGUGAAAUGCAUAGACGAGUAACCAAAAGUCAUGAAGCCUCAAUGAUUUCUAAACAAAACGCUAUCAACAACCUCAUUUUAGGCCAAAAUGAAGCGCUUUUAUUUAAGCAAGAAAUGACUCGGCGUCAAGAAGAAUACAUCCAAGUCUACACAGAGCAGCGUAAGCGUUAUGACCACAUCCAAGAAGACAUCGACACGAUCGUAGGAAGUAUCAGUACUAAUGCUAUAAAACAAGCCGAAAGAAGACGCGAAAUCACGACAAUGAUUGACAAGCUUGAAAAACAAUUAAAAAGGCAUGAAAAAGAAUCAAAGGAAAAAGAGAGAAUAGAAAACGCUUAUCAGUGUUUUCAAGAACAAAUGGGUAUAAUAAACGAAGUAUUAGAAAGAUAUGAUAGAGACUGUUAUGACACACUUGAUGAAGAGGCACUGAAUGGGAUUAUUGAUAUGUAUAAAUUUUUAAUAUACCAAGAGACAUCGCUAAGCUUGAGAUUUCAGCAGCUGACGCUGGAUUUUUUAGCAUUGCAGAAAAGAUAUGAGGAGCUGGAUAAGGAGUUACAAAUUUUGAAAAUAUAUAGAUUUAUGGUCAAUAUUUAAUUAGAAAAUUAAUUUAUUUUAAUAUGAUAUUUAUUAUAAAAUUGCAUAAAUAAUGACGAUUUUGGGAUGACUGAGAAAAAUUUGCCUUAUACUUUUAACCAUGUAAAAAUUUCAUUAGAAGACAAUUUGACGUCAAAGCUAGACCAUACAGAAGAGUCUGAGCAGCUGAUACUAAAAAUAUAUUUGACUAUUAUGAAUCUUGCUAUUAUCUCAAUAAACUCAUUGAAAAUUCUAAUAGAAAAAUGCCCAAGAUCAGGGCUUGAUAGAGAAAGCGAAUACACAGACGCUUUAUCUAUAAUAGAAGAGCUCCAAAAAGGCUUUUUAAAGAAGCGAGAAUCCACACAUACAAAAACCCCAGUUUUACCUAAAAUAUACAGAACUGAUUUUUUCGACCAAAUCCAAGAAAGCUUUUCUAUAGAAAAUUUCAAAAAAAAUGUCCUCCCUUAUCUUUCUCUGAAAAAAACCGAAAUAAUUUCUUCAUAUAUAAAAGUCUUUAAAAACAGUGAAGAUGGCAUAUUAUUUGCAAAUUUAUUAAAAGACCAGCCAAUGAUUUUGUAUUUUACGAACUCAAAAAUCCUUGAAAAUUAUUUAAAUGAUAAACAAAAUCAGCCUGAGAAAGGGCCAUUACAUGCAUUUUUAGAAGUCGAUGAGCUAGUUUCUACUAGCCAUAUGCUUUAUCAGCAUCAAUUAAUGAGGCUAUGCUCUGUUAUUUCUCCUUUAAUUUUGCUUUUAAAUGCAAGACGUGUAAACGAGCUAGAAGAACUUGAACAAUUAUUAUCAAAAAUCCAAGAAAAUAACAUCGAGCCAAUAAAAUCAGACGAAAACUAUCAAAUCCGCAGAGUUUCCAGAAUUCCGACCAUAGUAAAAGAAAAAAACACAAGGCUGUUUCCUAUAGAAGACGCAGAAAUUGAAUCCCCAGGCAUCUAUAAAAUAAUAGAAAUCCAAAAAUCCCAAGAAAAACUAAAUGCAAGGCUUACUGAACAAGAAGUUGCCAUGAAAAGAAUGAGAAAUAUUUUGCCAGCCCCAAUUUUAGAAAAAAUCAAUAAAUCCAACAACUCAGACGAAAAUGAAAAAAAAUUCAGCUCAAAAAUAAUAAAAAAAAAUUUUUCGACAUUUUCGCCUCGGAAUAUACUACAUGAAGUUCAAGAUAUAGAAAAAAAAAUUAAGCGUGUAAAAUCAGCUGAAAAAAAGGCAGGGAACAGAAAAAAUAAUUUAAUAGACAUGCCACUACAAUUUAAAUUUUAUAGCAAACCUUGAGGUUUAUUCCAAAAAGCUUUAAACAGCAGAGAAAUUAGCAAAGACAACACGAGGCCUUCUACAAAUCAUAAAAUAUCAAAAACACCUAAUUAG